AUGCCUGCUUCUAGGACUACUUACGGACCACGCUUUCGCACUCUGUGGUUCGACGAUGACGAUCUCGUUCCUGGUGGUACGUGGCCUCGUGGGAAGAUGCUCAAGUACAAGUUAGAAGCCCUUUUGGAUGGUGAAUUGAAAAGCUACGGUAGCAACCGUCGAAACGAGAUCCCGUGCUUCCGUACUUUCAUAUGUGCUUCACAUCGCGAAUGUCAAUUCAAGGUGAAGGCAAUCCGGAUCUCGGGUCCCGAGGCCAAGGCUGGCGCCGCUCUGCGUCUAUCUCUAGCCGAGCACUCCCCGGAACUGUACCGGAACUGUGGUGUGCUUCAGAUGAAGUCGACUCAUCCUACCCAGAUCGCACGUUUGGGAGAUGCGCUUUACUCUACAGCUGAUGCCGCACCCGAUAGUAAGCUUGGUGGUCAUCAGCGAUUGGCUCAAGCCGUCCGCAACAAGCGUAAGCAGUUUCUUGCUAACAACCACCAAGUCGCCACCUCGUUCGAUGAAGCUCUUCUAGAAGUCUAG